AUGAGGUGUACUUUUCCGUCACUGUUGGCAUCAUUGCUGGCGGCGCUGCCGCCCGUCGCCCGAACGGCUCCGUCAAGUGGGGCACCGGCAGCAGGACAAGUCCAAGGCGCUCAAGGCGAACCGACGCGACCCAAGGCCCACCCCAACAUCGUCUUCAUCAUCGUUGAUGAUCAAGAUGCGGUACAAGACUCGAUCUCGACCAUGAGUGCGGUCCAGCGACUGCUGGUCCAGGAAGGCACCUCGUUCGAGCGCUUCUUCGCGCCUAUCUCGGUGUGCUGCCCUUCGAGGACGUCCUUCCUAAGGGCCCAAGCAGCGCACAACACCAACAUCACUUCGGUCAUGGCACCUUGGGGUGGCUGGGAGAUCUUCAACGAGAAGGGAUACAACAGCCAGUGAGAUCAUCCAGAAUUCGAUACAGCCUUCGGACGUUGAACUGACUGCUCGUCUUGCCGCCUCAGUUAUCUCCCAAGCUUCCUGCAAGAGGCCGGAUAUUCGACGCGAUACGUCGGAAAACUGAUGAAUGGGCAUACCGUGGACAAUUAUGAGAGCUUAACUCCCGCUGGCUUCACGGGUGAGUUGGCUUCAAAGAAAAUCCUGUCCGAGAUCUCAGAAUUCCUGACAGCUACAUGUUCUAUCUCCCGUUUACAGAUGCCGAGUUCUUGCUGGACCCUCAGACGUACAACUAUUGGAAUGCGUCUUUUGGUCGCGUCGGCUCGCCCAUACACUAUCACCCCGGAUCGUAUUCGACGGACCUAGUGAAGGAGAAAGCGCUGGGUCUGAUACGCGAUGCAAGUCAAGAGGACAAGCCCUUCUUCGUCGGUAGUGAGUAUACGAGACAUCACCAUUCACCAAGCUUGGUCGUAUAAGGAGUAUUCUGACACUUGCACUGCUCGGCUGCAGUCGCCCCUAUCGCGCCUCACUCACACAUCGCGACCGAAUCCCACUCGCUCGGCGCGAUCCUGUUUGACGUCCCCCAAUCCGCACCUCGUCACGCCCAUCUCUUCAAGGACGUGACCCUCAACUACUCACGAGCCUCUCACAACCCAUCCUCCCCGAGUGGUGCUUCAUGGGUUCGUCGACUCAAACGACUGAAUCAGACUCAGGUCGAGUACAUCGAAGAGUUUUACCGACAACGUCUGCGCGCCUUACAAGCCGUCAACGAGCUGGUCGAAUCCGUUGUCCAUGAGCUCGACACGCUUGGCAAGCUGGACGAUACGAUCAUCAUCUACACCUCGGACAAUGGAUUCGAAGCGAAUGGUGGCCAUCGGCGCAACCCUGGGAAGACUCUACCCUACGAAGAGGACAUUCGAGUUCCCCUCGUCGUUCGAGGACCGGGAGUCGCCAAGGGUUUGGUCGAUAGUAAAUCAGUUCUUUCUCUGGCGGACUUGGGGGCCACGAUCAUGCAUCUGGCUGGCGCCGAGUCGGACUAUGAGCACGAUGGCUCGCUUGUACCUUUGACCCAAGCAUUGCGGCAGGUUGUGGAGAGGGAAGGCAUCAAGCAAUAUCAUUUGGCAGAGUACUGGGUGGAAGGGAUAGAAGAAGGGAAAUAUGGUGGUCAGUUUGAGAGGUGUGGCCAGACCGUUUCCAGGCGAACUGACCUAUCCUGACAACGUAUCCGCAGGCAAGCUUCGGCUCAACCAAACCUAUCGCGCGAUCCGAAUCGUAGAGGGUGACUCACUCGACCUGAGCUACGCUGUCUGGUGUACCGGCGAGCACGAGAUCUACGACCUCCUCACCGACCCUGACCAAAUGCACAAUUUCGCUGAGGUGGAGUCGCCAUCGUUGGAACUGCAGCAUCUUCGCUUUCGGUUGGAUGCGUUGUUGCUUGUGCUUAAAACUUGCGUUGGGGAGGUGUGCAAGAGGCCUUGGAAGGAGAUUUUCCCCCAAGGCAAUGUUGGGUCGUUGAAGGAGGCACUCGACGAGAAGUUUGACCAGUACUUUCGCCAGCUGCCGAAGGUUGCGUAUUCGGUGAGUAUACGUCAAGUUCGGCCAUUGCGCAUUGAGCAACGCUGACGAAGACCGUAUUCCGCUCUUCUUAUUUUUUUCUCCAAUGACUUGUGAACGCCAGAGGUGCGAGUUGGGGUACCUUCGCGAGCUCGAAUAUCCAUUCUGGUCUAGAGACCUAGCGUUCUCCCAAAGUGGUUCCGAUGGACUUAGCAUGCAGGCCACAUAG